UCACGCGAGUCCUUCCCACUGACUGGCGUCGGCCAUUGUCCUGAAACAGCGGGGACGAAGGAAAUUUUCAAUUUUCCGCGAAAAUCAUGACCGCCUAGCGCGCAAACCGUGUAAAUAGUAUGUCAUCGGCCCGAUUUUGACCGAAAUUCCGACCAAUUAAGAAUGGAAUCUGAAAGCCAGAAAGGCGACGAAGAUGACGAAUUGAUGGAAAUGGGAAGCGGCGACGAGGCCUCCGAAGCCUCAGAAGCCUCUGACAUUGAGAAUGAGUUGGAUGAAGAACUCGAGGACGAGGAGGAUGAAGAAGACAUCGACGAAGAGCAGGACUUGCUUGAGGAGGAAGCAAUCCACGGCCUCACCCAUCGCAGGAGUGACGAGACGCCUUUGACCAAAGAGACGCAGCUCAUGCAGGCGCCUUCCUCCAGCCAAGAUUCGGUUGUAGUUAGAAGUGAGUCUCAGAGUCUGACUCUUUUUCGAGGGGCCCACCCUGGAAUUACAAUUCGAAGAGGACCAGGACGACCAAGAAAGGGCCAACUUACCAUAUCUUUGCUGCAGAAGAGUGCGAUGCAAAAGUGGACUGUUGGCAGUCUACAUGCCUCAAAAUCGAAUGGUGGCAAAAGUCCCUACGGCCCAAAAAAGAAACGGGAUUACCUCGAAGGCCUGUCUGCAGUUCAUGAACUGGCAGGCGUGUCACCAUCUCCACCCCAUGAGCUUCUCAGUCAAUCUAAUUAUGGCUCAAUGGAGGAUAUGGAUUCCGAGCAGUCUGGCCAAAUCGUUGAAAAAUGCACCACUCCUGAAGAUCUCUUUCCUGUGAUUCCGGACAAAUGGCCGGGAAAAGUAUGUGCAUUGUGUGCACUCGGGGAGAAGAGUACCCUCGGGCAGGGUGAGCUGCUUCAAGUCACGACCUCUCCCACAUUUGACGUGGAAAACGCCAAGAUAAAGUCUCCACAACCUGAGGAAAGCGACCAACUGGCCAACGGUGAAAAGAGUCCUGCCUUGGUUUCGCCAGCAACAACCCCGACCACCACCUCGCCUGCCAUUUCGCAGCGGCGUCAAAUGAAAUUUAACCGAAACUCGUCCACGUCCGGGACAAGUGAAAUGCUGGACGAACUGUCGAUGGUCGGCUAUGGAGAAGAGCCACUUGUGUCCUCCAUUUUCGAGCAGUCCGGCCACUUCUUCAUCCACGAGGCGUGUGCCAAGUGGUGUCCCAAAGUCACUGUUGACAAUAAUGGCAGAGUGCAUGGGGCCGAGAACGCCAUCCUUGAGGCGCUGAGCAGAAAAUGCGCCCACUGCAUGCAUCUUGGUGCCGCCCUGGCCUGCAAGGCUGACGGAUGCUCGAAGUAUUUCCAUCUGCCCUGUGCUGCUGCUUCAGGAUGCUUCCAGGACUGCUCAAAGACUGUGACGGUGUGUUCGAUGCAUUUGCACUUGGUGCCGCUCAAUUUUGCCGGCGACGUGACUUGCGGUAUGUGCUGCAACCUGGGAAACAUCCACAACCUGAUAAUGUGCUCUCGGUGCGGCAAGCACUUCCACGGCUCAUGCUACGGGAUGGCAUCGUCACCAAACGUGCGCGCCGGCUGGCAGUGCACCAGUUGCCGGCACUGCCAGACCUGCCGGGUUCCUUCGGAGCGCAGCAAGUUCUUGAUAUGCGACCACUGCGACAAGGCGUACCACCCGCAGUGCCUGCGGCCACUCGUCGGCCAAAUCCCAAAACUUGGAUGGAAGUGCAAGAGCUGCAGAAUCUGCACCGACUGCGGCUCGCGGACGCCCGGUGCCGGACAGUCUUCUCGUUGGCAUAACCACUUCACAGUUUGCGACUCUUGCUAUCAACAGCGCAACAAGGGCCAAGCGUGUCCUGUGUGCCGUCGCGCCUACCGCCACACUGCCCACAAGGAAAUGGUCCAAUGCACCAGUUGCAGAAAGUAUGUUCAUGGCGCGUGCGACCCUGACGCCGAGCUGGCCACCUACCAGGCUAAAAAGGCCGUCACUCCGGAGUAUGUUUAUGUCUGCAUUGUGUGCAAACAGUACUCCAGCAACAGGCCUGGCUCUGUUUUCAAAAGAGGCAGCAUUGACGAGAUGGACUUUUCGCAGGAGUCGUACCUUUUUGGGGACGACUCACUCUCUGGCAUGGAUCUUGACAGCUUUGAAAAGGAGGGCGAUGAAGGCCCGAGGAACAUACCCGGUUUUGGUCUUGGCAGGGGAAAGCCGUUGGCUGCUGUUAAGAUGAUGAAACGCCGCAUGCCCUUUGGCAACACAGGCUUUGGCAACCGGCCCAAGGGCAAACUGGGCCUGAAAAAGGUCAAGGGCAUGACUGAAUUUCCUAGAAAGCGGGGGCCCAAAGGCAAGAUGCAGGGCGUUUUCGGCGUUCCCGGCGUUGGUCUAUCAAAGCCGACUGGUGACUCUGGCCGCGAUUCAAAAAACUCGGACGACGAACCUGGCAGCGAGAACCGGCUUGUACUUUGCUCGGCCAAAGACAAGUUUGUGUUAAACCAGGACGUGUGUGUCAUGUGCGGCGCCCUGGGCUCCGACCAAGAGGGCUGCCUGAUUGCCUGUGCCCAAUGCGGCCAGUGCUACCAUCCCUAUUGUGUGACCACCAAGGUCAACAAGGUUAUUCUACAGAAGGGCUGGCGCUGCUUGGACUGCAUUGUGUGUGAGGGUUGUGGACAGCGGAACGAUGAGCCCAGGCUCAUCCUCUGUGACGACUGCGACAUAUCCUACCACAUAUACUGCAUGAACCCGCCUUUGGACUUUGUCCCCAAGGGCAAUUGGAAGUGCAAAUGGUGCGCUCAGUGCCAAACAUGCGGGACAAGCGAUCCAGGCUUCAACUGCACUUGGAUGAACAGUUUUAGUGAGUGUGGACCAUGUGCGUCCCUCCAAGUGUGCCCUGCUUGCAACGAAGAGUACUCUGAAGGCCAGAUGAUCAUCCAGUGCUUCCAGUGUGAAAGAUGGUUGCAUGGGACCUGUGAUCAAAUCAGAACUGAAGAAGAGGCCGAGAAGUGUUCUGCCGACGGGUACAACUGUGUGAUGUGCAGACCUAGGGAUGUUCCUCCUCCACAUCUCAUUCCAGUGCCAGUAGCACCAAAGCCACCCACACCGUGCAAAAGCCCAGUUCAUGCGGGGUUCAAGAAACUAGACGCUUCCCGACAGGGGAGAGCAAAUAGUAGUAAAAAAGUUCCAAAGAUCAGCUCCAACGCCAACUACUUUGUGGAUGGCAUAUGCUUGUCUGAGUUUGGCCAUCAGCAAAUAAGAUCCCUCACUUUAGAACAGCCGAAGAAAAAGAGAGCAAACGCUAAGGGUGGUGUUGGCAAGGGGCUUGAUGCCGAGGCAGGCAUACUUGCCACAAUAGAGUCUGUUGUUUCUGGAGGGAAAAUGGAAGGUAUGAUGCCUGGUAACCAGGUCGCACCCCGAGAUGGAGCACUCGUACAACUUUUGCCGGAUGGACGCCCUCCAGAGCCACCUGAGGGUUUCCAGAUUUGCACUAAUGAAAGUGGAGCCAUGGUUUGGAGGCGCAAGAGAACAAGAAAUUUAAAUAAACUUGGCAUUGGAGGUUUUUCUGUGCGGACAAGAAUUUUGAAACCAAAGGACGAUGAAAGCUUUGCUGACAACUUGCCUGGAAGUGGAUUUGGUCCUUCACUGGAAUUAAAUCUUUCAAUAACUCCUCAAGUCUCCAUGGUUGCAUCGGCACUUCUAACCCCUACCACUCCUACUGGUGAAGAGAAACCAAAACGAAAGCCAAAUAGGAAGCGGCCAAAGAAUAAGCUCAUGGAAAACUAUCCUAUUUACUUACAAGAUGCGUUUUUCGGCCGAUUUUUGUUAGAGGGUAAAGAGCAAAGCCUUAAAGGUAUUGGAGACUCUGACGAAGAGAAAGUUACUCCUGCCCCUGCUACAGCUGGUAUCCAGCUUUCUCAGGAGGAGCUCAAAGUGAUGGAAGCCAUUAAGGCCAAAAAACUCAGGGAAAUGGCCUUGGCUGCUCAAGCAAAGCAACAAAGUGAACAGACGCAAGUUGCCGCUAACACAUCCGCUGCUGCUAAUAGCAAAGCCCACAAAGCUGCGGAGGAAGAGGCUGAUGCCGAUGAUGAAGAAGAAGCUCUUAAAGACAUUCUUCCAAUGAAUCUGCUCGAGGGAGAAGACUUGGUCGAUAUGGAUAACCUCAUGGCUGACGAUGUUGACAUUACUAAAACAAACCUUGAUGAAAUGGGUGGAGACUCAAACCUAGCUGAUGAAUCGGAACUGAAUGAUUCACUGUCAUUGACAGAAACAAAUGGCGCAGGCUCGGAGACCGCAGAAAACAAAGAUGAGCUUACUGACAUUUUGAGUCCUCACUUCAACCUUGAGUCUAUGGUCAGAGAUUCAGGUCUACCGAACAUGGACAGCAAAGACGUAGAAGAAAUUUUCAAAGGGGUGCUCACAGACGAAAGUCAAGAGUCACAGGAGUCAUCAGCCUUCCCUAUCAACACGAUGCCUAUGGGACCAGCUCCGAACCAGCGUGGCUUGGUUUCCCCAUCACAACCUGCACCACCAACACCAACAUUGCCUACUGCUGGUCCGAUGCCAAGAGCCCAGCCUGUUGCUAUGGGUCAGCAGCAAAAUCUUGCUUCACCCAUGGGCUUCCCUCCUGCGUCACCGUACCACUCGGAAUACAGCAACAGCCCUCAAUUCAGCCCUGCCUUUUCGGAGCCACCUUCGCCUUGGUGCCAAGCGCCCACUCCAGACCAAAGUGGCCAAGAAGGAUCCACUUCAUCUCAAGAGGCACCAACCUCUUACAACCAGAGGGCCUCCAUUAAGAUGGAGCAGGAUGAGCUGUUGGGAAGUGGUGCAACCAUGGCAGCUGUUUUGUAUGCCAACAUGAACCAUCCUGAAUGGAAAAUGGAAUUCCCAACUUGGACUGAGCGCUGCAAGCAGAUAAUUAAAAAGUGGAGGACGCUGCAGGCAGACACAAAGGCCCCAUAUUUGCAGAAUGCUAGAGAGAACAGGGCAACACAAAGGAUGAAGAAAUCGCAACAGAUGCCGAGCGCCAGUUCGCCCGUUGUGAAGCAAGAGGCUGGCGUGGCGGCGGCGGGUCGCGGCCCGGGCGUCGCCGCCUCCGGUGCGGCCGCAGCUGCCGCCUCAGUGGCCUCCUCCACGGUAGUACCCUCUGUGACACCCCCAUUACUGAAGAAACCCAGUAUGACCAGUACCAACACCACCACCACCAGUUUGACCACCGCUAGCACUGCUCUGAUGAAAUCGGCCACUAUUCUCACACCUCCACCGCAAACCACCACUCCUACUAGUAGCACCACCGCCGACUUAGAGGAUCAGGAUAAGAUCAUUGCUCAGCAAAAGAAUACAAGGGAGGCGCUUGAGGAGCGUAAAUGGAAACAGCAGCAGGCGCUCCGCCAGCAACAACAGCAAAUGCAGCAACUCAUCCAUGAGCAGAGAGCGCAAGGUAUGGGCAUGCCAAGAAUGCACCGCCCGAUGGAUGCUCAGGGAAUGCUGAACUUGCCGCCGCCACCACCGCCAGUUUUCCUCCCUGAUGGUACUCAAGCAGCUGCUCCUGUCACCUCCCAGCUCCAUGUUGCUACUGGACAAGACCCUUCAACCUCCCCAAUGGCAUCACCGUCUCCUGGAGCAAGACCUCAGUUUACGCAGCCCAUGAAGAUUGGCAUGCCUCGUGCGAUGGCUCCUCCAAGUCCUGGUGGGCCUUUUGCUCCCCCACCUUCGCCCAGGCCUAUGCAGGUGUCCCCUAGAGCUGACCAGUUCAACAGGAUAUCCUUCCCUCAGGGCCAAGAUGUGUUCUCUCCUCCUCCAACUCCAAAUCAGCAAUCACAGGAGGAUUUCGGCAACCAGGAGUUCCAGCAGCAAAGUGCUGAUCCCUAUGCUCAGCCACCUUUGACUCCAAGACCACAGCCCCCGAAGCAACCGACAACUCCUACUCAGGGCAAGCCCACCUUUCAAUCACCAAGACCUGUUGAUCCAUAUGCUCAACCACCAGGUACACCAAGGCCACAGCCGCAACAAACGUUCAUUCCGCCAGCUGCUCCUCCUCCGCAGCAGAGACAAACUUUUGCCACUCCUCGUCCAGUUGACCCAUAUUCACAGCCUCCAGGCACUCCUCGGCCUGUUGAUCCAUACGCUCAACCUCCAGGUACUCCACGUCCAGGCCCUGAUGAGUCAAGUGGAUUCCAAAUGAACCAGCCAAGUCCUGACAUCAAUCGCCAACUGCGAGAUCUCCUCCAGAGGCAGCAGUUUAAGAAACUCGAGGACGAGCAACUUGUACCAGGCCAAAGCAACAGAAUUUGGCCGCAAGAACAGAGAAAUGACAUUCAGCAAACUCAAUCUCAGCAGCAGCAGCAGCAAUUUGACAAUCAAGGACAGCAGCAGGUUCAGGAGCAAGAAAUGGCCAACAGGGUCCAAGGUGACAACACAUUCCGACACCCUCUACCUCCGGGCAUGCGACCAAGAUUGCAAGGGCCGCAACAGAUGCUCAUUAGAGGACCCCAAGGGCAAAUUAUUCGUCAGUCAAUUCCUAACAUGGACCCUCGAAUGCGUCUGCUUAUUCAGCAGCAACAGCAGCAGCAGAGAGUCAUGGUGCAAAACCAGGGUGGAAAUAUGCAGCAGCAACAGCAAAUGUUCAACCAGGGAGCAAAUGUUCAGCAGCAACCGCAACAACAGUUUGUGCAGAACAUGCCUCAGCAGCGAAUGCAAGGGCCCAGAAUGGAGUCGUAUGAGCACAUGGUCCAACAGAGGCCUCAGUUGCCAUUCCAACAGCAAGAAGCAAGCGGACAGAUGAUGCAGCAACAGCCACGUCAAAUUUUGAGGCAAAUGUCCAAUAUUGAAACAGUUGCACCUAAUUCAGUUGCACCUGGUAUGGUUCCUGGGCCUAGAUUGAUCAGAACCAUGAGUGGUCCUCCUGUGAUGGGAGAGCAACAGGCUAUGAACCAACAACAAAGAAUGCCAGCUCCUGUUAUGCCAAUGGAACAACAGCAGCAGCAGCAACAACAUCAACAGCAGCAGCAACAACAACAGUUACCUAGCAUGACGGCUUCCACUGCUCCUUCGGCUCCAACACCUUCCACUCCUGCUGCAAACACUGAAGUAUCCACUCAGGAAAUACCAGAGAGUGUUGCUGAAGAACUUGAAAAACUUGAGCAAGAAACAGGAAUUGAGAGCGUCAGUAAUUUGCUGGAACUGGGAGAUGAUGACGAUGAAUUGCUUGGGCUUGGUGCCGACUUCAACAUAUUGCUUUACGCAGACCCUGAUCUGGACGCAGCACCUGGUGGGGCAAAGACUAACAUAUUGGACUUUGUCCAUGAAGAGCAAAAUGAGGAAAAGAAAGAGGGUGCUCCUAGAAAUCAGAACCAAAACCAAGAAAGGCCUACGGAAGGCGCAGGAACGUCCUUGCAACCACAGUCUAGUGUUGCUGCUCCUCCAGUGGCUCCUCAGCCUCCCAUGCAGCAGCAGCAGGUGCCUCCUAAUGUUACCAUGAGACCUCAAAUGCAAGGAAAACCGUUCCAACAAGCAUUCCAAGGUCAGCAGCCACAGCAGGGAAUGAUGAGACCCCAAGUGCAAGGUGUCCAGCAAAGAAUGAUCCAUCCGCAACAAGCAAUGGCUGGAAAGCCUCGUUUAAUGCAGCCAAUGGGUCCUGCUUCCCAAAUGCUGCAAAAUGUGGGUCAGUCUCGAAUAAUUGCUGGUCAGCCAGGCUCGGCACCGCCAAAUACCACCCUCGCCCCUCCUCCUCCAUACCCUGGACCUCCACCACCAUAUCCGGGCGCAGCUCAGCUGGCGGUUGGUGGGCCCCAACUUGCCACUAACCAUCUUCAUCAGCAACACAUGGCUGCUGGUCUUCAUCCAUUAGGGCCCCACAUUCGAAAUCCUCUUGCUCCCACUAACCUCAGCCAUAUCCCUCUGCAGCAGCAGCCACAGCCUCAGCAGCAGAAUAUGCACAGUAUGCAACAGCAACAGCGCAGGCCUCUGCUCUUGCAGUCUACAUUGCAGGAACAGCCUUUGCUGCUGGAAGACUUGCUGGAGCAGGAAAAACGAGAGCAGGAGCGGCAGCAGGCGGCUCAAGCCCUGCAAGAUCCAAAUGCCGCCCCUGCACCUGCCCAGCCUGAAACCAAUCCUCAAGCUCUUUUGAGCGACAUGGACUUUGAACGGCUCAGAGCUGACGUCCUCCGCUCACCCACAUCUGGUGGUUCUCCUGGUCUAUCUCCCCCUACAAUUCCAGUUCAAGGUAUUGGAAGUAUGCAGCCUGGUCAAGUGCCUUUGCGCCAACCUUUUAACCCUGGGCUUAGACAGCCCACACAACAGUGGAAUCCGGCCAUGCAACAGCAGCAGCAACAAAUGCAGCAGCAGAUGGUCAACAUUCAAAGACCAGGUGUCCCCAUGAACCAACCACCACAACCAGUAGCUCUUCCGCAGCCUCAGCUUGAGCAAGUUUUCCAAGGAAAAUUAACCGGAGUUCCCCGAGUACCACAAAUUCCUCCUCCGCCAACACCGCCUGAUAACAUUGUGACGGAUCAGGACAGACAAGCGGCUGCUGCCUAUGAGCAAUGGUUGACUGGUCAACACCAAGCACUGUCCAACCAGCUGCAGAAUUUGGAGAUGCAAGUCAGCAAGUUUAGAAAGGCUAAAAAGAGUUUAAGCAGUAAGCAAAGACAACUGCGAAAGCAAAAUUUAGAGCUGCCACCAAAUGAUGCGAUAGAGCUGGAUAGAAUAACAAAGGAGCAAGCUGGAAUUCAAAAGCAGCUGGAGCAGAGCAGGAAGCUCAACAAACAGCAUGGAAUGCUUCUACAAGACUAUAAAACCAAAGUGCAGAAGAGGCAACAAGCCACAAUGAUGACCAAUUCGCCAUCACCAUCAUCCAUGGGAGUGCAUCACUCCCCUCUUGGUCCACCAACACACAGCAUGCCUUCUUCUGCGUCUCCUGCCCUCUCAACCUCACCAGCAAUAUCAGCUAUGCAGCAGCAGUCGCCUCUUCACUCUCCCAUACCGCAUUCACCGGGACCAAAUAUCGUCGCUCAGAGUCCAGGAAAUGUAGCUCAAAUGUCCCCUCGGAGUUUGCAGCCGUCACCUCGUCUAGGCACUCCACACUCGCAGGGUGAGGAGAAUCAAUUCAUUUCAAGCCCAGGUGGUCCCAUGCAAAGUCCCCAAACUCCUGUACAAAGACUGACUUCGCCGCAAGGUCAAAUGGGUCAAAUGAGGAUGGCCAGUCCUCAGCAAGCAAUGCCACAGGCGAUGGGCCGGCCAAUGGUUCAAGGCCAGUUUCCAGUACAAAAUCAACAGUACAACGAACACAUGAGAGCCAUGAUGAAUCAAAGAUUCGUGAGACCUGAUAUGCAGCAACAAGUCAAUCAAGGUGGAGUUCAAAUGCAAAUGGGACAAGCGCCACGGCCUCGAAUGGUUGCAAUGCAAAACAUGAACCAAAUGUACAUGCAGCAGCAGCAACAACAACAACAUCAGCAGCAGCAGCAACAACAACAACAACAGCAGCAGCCACAACAGAUGCAAAAUCAAAACUUCCAGCAAAUGCCAAUGCAACAGGCGCAGCAGCAGCAGCGAAUUGCUGCAUACCAGCAGUCACCUAUUGGCAGUCCCCAACAACAAAGAAACAUGCAGUACCCUGUCUCACCAAUGGGUAGUCCACAGACCCAGGGUCAGCAGACGCAGCAGAUGCGUGUCCAAAGCAACAUGCCCUAUCCUGCUUCGCCACUGGGCAGUCCGCAGCCAAUGAGGGUAAAUCCAAACAUGCCUUAUCCUCAGUCGCCACUGGGCAGUCCACAGCAAGCAAUGCGAGUGAUGCAGUCACCCCUUGGCUCUCCACAGCCCAACAUGAUGAUGCAGCCAAAUGCAUCGCCAAUGAGAAGACCAUCGGGCAGCAGUGGGCCAAGUCCAUUACCUCCUGAAAGACCUCUCAGCACUGAAAACCCACUUACUCCAAGAACACCCAACACACCAUACCAAGAUAUGCAGCAUGACAAUCAAGGUGGCGGCGGUGGAGUCGGAAAUAACAUCAUGCCCCUGCCAAGAGGUGGUGGAGGAUUUGACCGUUCCGUAAUUCCCAUUCCUCCUGGUUUGAGACACAUUAGGUAUCGUAAAUUGGGGCUAAGGGGUGGAGCUCCAAUGUGGAUGGAAAACGGCGGUGGAUUGGGAGGAAAAAAUCCUCCCUCAUCCCAGCAGCAAAGCAACAACCCAGCAGCAAGCUCAAGUAGCCAAAAUGAAUCUGCAGACAGCGACAUUGAGGCGGCUGUUUUGUCCAACAUGAAAGACAUCACUGUCGUGGUAGUUGGUUCUAGUCCCGCUUCAUCUGUUGACGACGUGGAGCAAAGUUUGGCUUCUCUGGAGGAGAAUAUUGGACCUCACAUUGAGGAGGAGGCUUUGAUAAGAAAAACUGAAGAUGCUGUUGAUGAGGACAAAUUCGAAGAGGCUCUGGACAAGCUUGAGAAUGAGGUGGACAUGAAAGAGCAGGAGGACUUGCUUGACGAGCAUGUAGAAAAAACAACCAGCAUGGAGAGACCUUCUCUUGUUGCUCACAGUGCCACAGACACACCUGCCUCUCCUGAUCCGGAAAAUCUCGGCUCACCGGACCCCGAGUUGAUGGCUGAAGCAGAUGCUCAGGUGGAGGAACAAAUAAAUGAUGACAAAGCUGUUCCAAUGGAAACCGAACCACCUCCACCGUCACCACCAAAACCGCCUGAACUCAAAGUGGAACCAACUCCACCCUUGCAGUAUCCAACUGUGACCAGAAUGCCGCAAAUUUCUUUUGAAACUCCUAUUGAGCCCAGAGAGGAAGAGGUUCUAAAAACGCCAACUGAAACUAAAGUGGCAGAGCUGGAAAUAAAAAAGGAGUCUGAAAUUGUCAAACCACCUGAGGCACCGUCAAUUUUGCAGCAGUUGGUAGAAAAGAAGGAGGAAGACGCAACAGAAAAAGCUGCAGCCGCCCCAGCAAUGGAACCGAUGCGGAAAAUGGGAGAGAUGAGGCAGAACGUUCUUUUGAAGCAGUUGCUGCAGAACUCGGCGUGUUCCACACCUCAGUCUUCUGCUUCCGUGACGGUCCCUUCACUCGAGGCCCAGCUGGCUAGGCCUGUUCCUCCAACGCACUCUCGGCUCAUUCCACCCUUGCUGAAUGAAAAUUUACCCACCAGACCGCAAAUGCUGCGACUUCCAGGUGUGCAACAGACAAACCUGAUCAGACCUUCUCAACAGCAGAGGCUCGAUUUCAUCAUGAAAAAGGACCUGAUGCCGCACAUACCAGCUCAGCCGCAGACGGCGCCUCAGAGGCCAAUGCUGGUGCAGCAAAAUCAACAGCUGAACCUGCAACUCCAGCAGAGCACCUCUCCAAGUCCUGGUGGGGCACAACCUGGGCAGCCGACACCUCCUCCGCAGCCUCAGACACCAACUCCUCCACCUCAACCGGCCAAAACUCCUCCUCAACCUCAGCCUGUUGCAACACCUCCUAAGCCACCAACCCCUCAGCCGGUGCUUCAACAACAACCACCCACGCCACAGCAGCAGCACCUGCAACAAACUCAGGCUAUUCAACAAAUUCUGCAGUCACAAAUGAUCAAAAAAGAAGUGAUUGAUCCUCCGAAGCAGCAACCCCCGCCUGCAGCCACCCCACCUGCUCAGACAGAAACCCCCACUCUGCAGCAGCAAGCACCAAAUCUCCUUCGGCACAUCCAACAGGCCAUGCCUUCGAAGGCGUCGCCUCCAACUUCAGCUCCUCCAUCGCAACCUCCAACUCCUCAACCCUCUGAACAGUUAACCCAACUAAACCUGCAGCCUGUGCCUCAAAUAGAAGUUAAGAAGGAGGUUGAGGAGUCGAGCGUGACGCCUCAGUCGUCAAGAGAAAACACAAUGGACAUUGACCAAAACUCGUGUGACACUAUCAUCCAGCCAUCAGAAACCUCGGCUGCUGAUUUGAAAAAAUUGAAACGACGUCAGUACCAACAGAAACGGCGGCAAAGUGCUGGAAAGGAAGGCGGACCAACGCCCAAGAAGCGCUCCAGGAAAUUGAGCUCCACCUCUCAGGGAAGCUCCAAGAUUGAGGAGGAUUAUGACAGCUUCAUAGAGCACCUGAUGCCGCAGUUGCGGCAACUCCCAAACCUGAAUGUGCUUGAGCCAGAGCUGGGACGAAAUUUUGCUGUGUGCCCUGUAUUUGGCUCUGGGGACCUUGCGAAACUGGGACUCGUCCCUCCGACGUCACCCUUGCUGGGCAACAUGGCGCCUGCCUCGCCAAUCAAGUACGGAGAUCUGGUUGGACAGUACGGAAAAGCGACUUUGCCAAAUGUGACUGAUUUUUACCACACCAAGCCCUUUGGUGACCUAACCCCCAUCCCUCCGGUGCCUCCGACAUCCUCCCAACGUGGUUUUUACGACCAAGAGUUUGCCCCUUUGAAGUUGGAGAGUGAGGAUGCUAAUCGGGACAGAGAAGACUCGCCUGACACGGUGGUCAGUUCGUCGUCACCAGAGUGUUUCAUGCUCGAGACGCCACACCGAUUCCCAGGUCUCAGAUUGAUUAAGGAGGACGACAGCGACACCGAAGACAAAGAGGCGCUUCGAAGAGCUUCACCUGUCAUUCCUCUGGUGGCGCCCACGCCAGUCAGGGUACGCCCUGGCAUCACCUUCAAAGACCUGCUCGAUUUGGACAAGGAAAAUUUGGGUGGUGCUUCUGGCUUGGUGAUGCGGAAUCGCUGGGGCAGUUCGCCCACCAUGCCACUCAGAGAGACUGGAAACAUCACGGUCACACUCACUCUGAGCUCAACGGCGGCCAGGGACGUCGAGGGAGCGCUCUCAGGACUGGCUCGUUUGCUUCGCCUGCCAACUCCUCUGCAGUUCAGCGUUGCUGACACCACAACGCAGCCUGACUACAAACUUGGCGUUUAUAGAACCAGAGGCAGAGAUGGCAAAGAAGGAGCGGCCAUAGACAUACAGAGCAUACUGAAUGGCGCCCACAAGUUCUGUCGGCACUGCGAGAUCUGCGUGCUGAACAACUACAUCCGCAAGAGCUUGUCCGAUCUGCCACCGUUACCUCCGUCUGACGAAUCUGUCAUUGAUGACGACCUGUACUUCUGCUCUGAAAACUGCUUCGUCCAGUUUGCCUGCACCCACGGCAUGCAGAGUGUGGUGGAAAAAGAGGCGGCCGCAACUGUUUCACACCACGGAAUGCAGAAAAAGCUGCCUGACAAAAAGGCCGUGGAGGUUAAGAAGAACGGCCAUGUCAAAGAGGAACCCAUGGAAGUUGACGCCGCUCCCCCUCCACCUCCAAGUCUGAAGGGCGUUCGCUUUAAGACGUGGACUCCUGGUCUUCAGCCACCCAACAAGUUCAAAAAACCAACCGACCGUGAACUGACGGACUUGCUUUUCCGCUCAGGGAUCACUUUGAUGCCCCAAAAGUUGCCAGACGACUCUCGUCAGUGCAUGUUCUGCCACCAGCUCGGAGACGGUCCUGCUGACGGCACUGGCCGGUUACUCAACUACGACGUGGACAAGUGGGUCCAUCUGAACUGUGCUUUGUGGUCCUAUGACGUGUACGAGACUGAGAACGGCGCCUUAAUGAACGUUGAGCAGGCCCUUCAGCAGAGUCUGGGUCAAAACUGCUCCGUCUGCAGCAAACCAGGCGCCACCAUCAAGUGCUUCAAAACCCGAUGCGGCUCCAUCUACCACCUGGGGUGUGCAGUCAAGGACGACUGUUUCUUUUAUAAAAACAAAACCGUUUACUGCUCGGCCCACAUUCCCAAAAACGAGAAAGAAUCGGAACUGACGACCCUGGCUGUUUUCCGCAGGGUCUACGUCAACAGAGAUGAGAAUCGCCAAGUGGCCGCUGUGAUGCACCAUUCGGACCAGAGCCACCUACUCAGGGUCGGGUCGUUGAUAUUCCUCAACGUGGGCCAACUUUUGCCCCACCAGCUUCCAAAUUUCCACACCCAGAAUUACAUUUACCCUAUUGGAUACAAAAUCGCCAGAAUUUACUGGAGCAUGCGAACCUUCAACAAACGGUGCCGGUACAUCUGUUCCAUUCAUGAUAACGCCGGCCGCCCUGAGUUCAGGGUCUUGGUGCAGGAGUUGAACCACCCUGAUCUAGAACUGAAAGGGACAACAGCCAGGCAGGUCUGGCUUCAAAUUUUUGAAUCGAUGACAGCCGUGCGAAGGUCAUCUGGCGGCGUUCAGGUCUUCCCGAAGUUCAUAUCAGGAGAGGACCUUUUUGGUCUGACCGAGCCGGCCAUCAUCAGGGUGUUAGAGUCUCUGCCCGGAAUCGAGACGCUAGUCGACUACAAGUUCAAGUACGGCCGGAACCCGCUGCUCGAAUUGCCCCUCGCCGUCAACCCGACAGGGUGCGCCAGGUCGGAGCCAAAACUGCGAACCCACUUUAAGCGGCCGCACACUCAGAGGACUGGAUCAGGAUCCAUCAGACCGGCACUCGUUCCUGCGGCGACGCCCGUGGGUGAGGCCACCUGUCCAUACUCGAAGCAAUUUGUGCACUCCAAGAGCUCGCAGUACAAGAAGAUGAAGCUUGAGUGGCGAAACAACGUCUACCUCGCAAGAUCCAAAAUCCAAGGUCUUGGCUUGUACGCCGCAAGAGAUCUCGAGCGUCACACUAUGGUUAUAGAGUACAUAGGGGAAAUCAUCAGAACCGAACUUGCCGAGGCAAGAGAAAAGCAGUAUGAAGAAAAGAACCGAGGAAUUUACAUGUUCCGACUGGACGAGGAAAGGGUCAUUGAUGCAACCUUGAGUGGAGGAUUAGCACGAUACAUCAACCACUCGUGCAACCCCAACUGCGUGGCUGAGACAGUCGAGGUGGAUAGAGACUUCAGAAUCAUCAUUUUCGCUAAGCGGAAGAUUAAUAGAGGAGAAGAGUUGGCGUACGACUACAAAUUUGACAUUGAAGAUGAUCAGCACAAGAUACCAUGCUUGUGCGGGGCGCCUAACUGCAAGAAGUGGAUGAACUGAGGUUUCGAGUGCUGCAUACCAACUGCCUUCAUUUUGUCUGUCUUGUUUCUCUAUCAAGUGCAUAAAAUUGUUUUCAACUUUUAUUCCCAAUGGAAGACCAAUGUGAAGCCUUUUAGCUUUUAGAGACAAUGCGAUAUAAAAUCGAUGUGUUGGAAAUAUUUAAUUUUUCGUGCAUACACGGAAGACGAGUACACAAAACUCAAUUAUACACAAUAUAAAUACGACAUAUAUAUAUUUAUUAUUACUGAUCACCAGAGAGUCUGGCCAUAUUUUUUGUUGUUUUUUUAAUGAAUAUUGCGAUGACCGUGUGUAGUUGCUGAAAGUGAUGUGAAAUCUUGAUGUAUAAAUGAGAUGGAACCUGUUUAAAUUUCUGUUUUAAUAAAUAUGAGACUAAACUAUUAAA